AUGGUGGGCUCUGCAACGCUCGCGCUGCUCUUUUCCGCACUACACCUUGCCUCUGGCAACCCGGUGUCUAGGCAAUCCAACAGUCCCAAGGCUGUCUAUGCCCACUUCAUGGUUGGCAUCGUCGAGAACUUCAGCUUGUCGGACUGGAUAACCGAAAUGACGACCGCCAAAUCCAUCGGCAUCGAUGGCUUCGCGCUUAACUGUGCUCCUCCCCGCGUCGAUAGCUACACUCCGAAACAACUCGCGAACGCCUACAAUGCUGCUCAACAAAUUCCCGGCGGUUUUACCGUCUUUCCGUCCUUCGACUUCGCCUACUGGUCUAGCGGUGACCUUUCCACCAUCCUCGAGGUCCUGCGCAACUACUCGAGCCUGCCCUCGCAGGCAUUAUACAAUGGCCGACCCAUUGUCAGCACAUUUGUUGGCGACACAUUCGACUGGAACUCUGUACGGGGGACGGCGAAUGUCUUUGCCAUCCCAAAUAUCCAAGACCCGGGCCAGAUCUUGAGCACAAACACGUUCGACGGCGCGUUCAGUUGGUAUGGCUGGCCGGAGGAGGUUGGAAAUACCCCCGUUGCAGGACCGAUGACCACGAAAUUCGAUCUGAGAUUCAUCAACAACUUCGCUCAGGCGGGAAAGGGACAGAUCUACAUGAUGCCCGUCUCGCCGUGGUUCAGUACCCAUUUCCCCAGCAAAAACUGGAUCUUUGACGGCGACACACUGAUUACCGAUCGCUGGCCCCAAGUGCUUUCGCUCCAGCCUCCGCUUGUUGAGAUCAUUACAUGGAAUGACUUUGGCGAGAGUCACUAUAUUUCCGACUCUGAGCCUACACAUUCAGACGAUGGUUCUUCCGCCUGGGCAACUGGUUACCCACAUGCUGGAUGGCGAAUAAUCAUGAAAGCAUACAUUGCCGCAUACAAGUCCGGUGCCUCUGAUGCCGUUAUCACCGACGAGCAAGUUGUGUACUGGUAUCGUGGCUUCCCCAAGAACACUCCUUGUUCGGGUGACACCCUCGGCGUACCCAACGGCGUCAACUUCUUCUCCGAUAGCAUCUUCAUCACCACCCUUCUCAAGUCCCCUGCGACCCUCACUGUUACCUCCGGCUCUUUCGCACCGGUUACAAUCAAUGUCCCCGCCGGCGUCACGACCAGCAGCGUCAACAUGGGCAUCGGCUCUCAGAAAUUCUCGAUCUCGCGCAACGGAGUCCAGGUCGCCAGCGGAACUGGUGGAUUGGACGUCAAGAAUACGUGUACCGGGGUGUAUAAUUAUAAUGCAUACGUUGGUAACUUUGCUGUCGGCCCGGGCGGCGGAGGCACAGGCUCGAGCAGCUCUAGCGCCAGCGCGACAAAAUCCUCCUCUGCAAGUAGUAGCACCAGCGCUAGCCGAUCCUCCUCCGCAAGCUCAAGCGUGGUUACCUCUCCACCGUCGAGCUCGUCGUCGCGGUCGAGCGCCACCUCAAGUGCGACAUGUGGAGCGGGCUGCACUAUCACCGCGUCCUCGCAGAUCUUCCCCACCAACUGUCUCCAGCCAGGAUGUGUUUGGGCGGGUCCGGCGGGCCAGGGAGUACCCGACCAUUGUGACACUGGCGGAAGACCGUGUCCUACUAACUAG